UUUUUUUUUUUUGAAGACUCGGACUCGUAGCGAGCAUCGAAACAGGCGCGACGGUAAACGCGAAGAGGUGAAGCUCUCUUCUACACACCAUGGCCUCUCGUAAGAAGGUGCUGCUCAAAGUGAUCAUCCUAGGGGAUUCUGGAGUUGGGAAGACCUCUUUGAUGAACCAGUACGUGAAUAAUAAGUUCAGCAAUCAGUACAAAGCCACAAUCGGAGCCGACUUCCUGACCAAGGAGGUGAUGGUGGACGACAGGCUGGUCACAAUGCAGAUUUGGGACACGGCGGGUCAGGAGCGCUUUCAGUCUCUGGGAGUAGCGUUCUACCGAGGGGCGGACUGCUGCGUGCUGGUCUACGACGUCACGGCACCAACUACGUUCAAGACCAUGGACAGCUGGAGGGACGAGUUUCUCAUUCAGGCCAGUCCUCGCGAUCCGGAGAACUUUCCCUUCGUUGUGCUGGGCAACAAAAUCGACCUGGAGAACAGGCAGGUAACGACAAAGCGAGCUCAAGCGUGGUGUCAGAGUAAGAACAACAUCCCCUAUUUUGAGACCAGCGCCAAAGAGGCCAUUAACGUGGAGCAGGCCUUCCAGACUAUCGCUCGCAACGCACUCAAACAGGAGUCGGUGGAGACGUAUGACUUCCCUGACCAGAUUAAACUAAGAGACGACAGACCCGUGUCUAGCAGCGAUGGCUGCAGCUGCUGAAGGAAACACGAAACCGGGGAAGAGAAGAGAAGGAGCCGACAUUGGGAGAGGGAGAGACGGAGGCGGAAGAGAUCCAGGCCUGAUAUUCUAGCGUCCAUCCUCCCCUUUUCCUCCUUUGAAACCUCCAGGGUGUCAGAUGCCACAUGCGAAAGCUGAACAUCCAUUUUCUCGCUGAACUCCGGGUAAACGUGUGGUGUGAUGAACCGUGGAGGAACAGGAAGAUCGAUGUGUUGCGUAUUCUCUGACAUCGCGUUUAUUACGAGUCCUGCUAUCACUACAGCUGUCCGAGAAUUUCCCUGUCGCUACUCCUGCUGUCCGAGCAAUCCGACUUUCUCCUCUCAGAAAUCAUUCUUUGGUCUGCUAGCUCGUUGUGCCUUUUUAAUUCUUACUGUUGGUUAUUGAUAUCAGUGUGUUACUCCUAUGCUGAAUGAACAUUCGUUAAAAAAAGAGACGUGUUAUAGGGCUGGGAUAUAUAAUAUUAAGACAUUGUUAUUUGCCAUUUAAUAUCAACCAUUGCUGAAUUUUUUUUACACUAGCUUAGCUUAGUGCAGAAACAGAAAUAGGUUAGAAUUUUUUCUGAUCAGCUAAAUUUAAUUUUUGACUCAAAAAUGAUUAUGGAAGUCCCUGUUCCACAAUAUUUUAAAUGUCUUACAAUUUUAUUUUUUUAAAUGCGCGUGUUAUUUAAAAAAAUUAAAUAUGAUUUUUAAAUGUGUAUAUGGUGGAUAAAGGUGUGGAAAACAUGCCUUGAUUUUUUUUUUACUAGAUUUUUACUGUAUUUUUUAUUUGAAACAUUUAAAAUUUAGUUUGAAAUAUUUCCUCUAAAUAAAUAAAUAAUGGAAAAGGACUGUUGUCAAAAGGUAAAAAUGUAUGAUCUCCCAGCCCUACUAACAUUAAUAUUAAUAACAAAAAUUAAUAUGGAUGUGGUAACAGUGCAUUACCUGAAACAUAAGGGUACUUAGAUUUUCUAGGUUGACUUCAACAUUAAAUCUGAAAUCUUUUAGUCUUAGUUGGACUGCACUUUUUUAAGUUACUUAAUUGUGUCUGUAACAUAUUUCACUCACGCCAGUUAUUAUGGUUUACAACACAUGUACGUUUUUGCACAUAUAGCUGUUGAGUAUGCCAGCGUGUUUCACGAAGAGGUCAUGUAUUCAGUAAUCAGGUUAGAAGCACACUAAUGACGUCCAUCACGCUUUACUCAGUGUUUUGAUUUGCCUUCGUAUAUUUACAUGCUGUGCUUGUAUUCAUUACUAUAUAUAUAUAUAUCUCCAUACUCAACCCAAGAGCUCCUCAAUUUUAUAUGCCACAAUGCAAAAAAAAAAAUGUAGGCAUCAUUUUUAUUUUGGCCAAAUGUAAGAAUGACACCAAAACCAAAAAAUAAAAUAAAGAUGAAUUUACAACCAA